AUGAGUACCCUUGCUCUCCAGUUCAGGGAUGCCUAUAUUAAUGGGUCGGGCCCUGCUCUUGCAGCGGUACUCACUCCGAUCGCCCCGCCUCAAGACCCCGAUCGGUUGCGCUCCUUCUACCAAUUCACUAACGCCGCAUACCUAUCCAAGGACAUCCAUUACGCGCUCUUCCACGGGAAAGGUGUAAAGAUCUCGAAAGCCGAACAAAACGCCUGGGUCGAUGUCUUCUCGGCUUAUUGGGAAGCUGCGGGGGAGAUACUCAAAUGCGAAGGCCACCAUCCGGGAGCGAGCACCAUCGCUGUUUUCAAUACGUGGAAGAAGCUGGCAAACGCUCUCAUCAGGGGAUAUUCCGGCUCCUCUGGUAUUCCAGCGUGGACACUGCCCUGUCUGUACACCGUUGGCAAAUACUUGCGGACCUUUGCGAUCAAGGCCGAUAUUGAAGCGGCCGCCCAGGGCUCGGCGGGAUUCGGAUUCCAGGAUGACAUUGCAGCAGACAUUGACAAGAAUGCCAACUUGGAGGAGGCUGCGAGGAUCAUCAAUCGCAUGUUUACUCUGUGUCUCAGCGACAGGGCGCCUAUCGAGGAGUCUCGCAAAUGGGGAAUUUAUAACACAACAAACUUGCUCUUCAAGACUUACUUCAAGAUCAACUCGGUUGGUCUGACCAAGAAUCUUCUUCGUGCCAUCAACGCCUCCUCGGCCGAUUUGCCUCCGCUGGGGGCAUUCCCCAAGUCACAUAUCGUCACUUUCAAAUACUAUGUUGGGGUCAUACACUUUUUGGAUGAGAACUACGCCGAAGCAGAAGAGCAUCUGACGAGUGCUUGGAGAAUGUGCCAUCGGGGAGCAUUCAAAAACCGAGAACUGAUCCUCACCUAUCUUAUCCCCUGCCACCUUGUCACGACUCACACACUUCCCAGCCAACGGCUCUUGGCCCCAUUUCCGCGACUCGAGCGACUCUUCCGCCCCCUCUCGAACUGCAUCCGGAAGGGUGAUUUAGUCGGGUUCGAUGCGGCCAUGUCCGCUGGAGAGGAGGAGUUCGUCAAACGGCGCAUUUACUUGCCGUUGGAGCGUGGGCGGGACAUUGCCUUGCGCAACUUGUUCCGCAAAGUCUUUAUUGCAGGUGGCUUCGAGGACCCCAAGGAUGGAGGGCCUCCCAUCCGGCGAACUCGGAUCCCUGUCGCCGAGUUUGCGGCAGCCCUCCAGAUCGGCAAUCAUGCGACUGACCGAUCACGGGUUGACAUCGACGAGGUGGAGUGCCUGCUAUCCAAUCUCGUGUACAAGGGCCUCAUGAAGGGUUAUAUUGCCCGCGAGCGAGGCAUGGUCGUCCUGAGCAAAGGCGGCGCCGCUUUCCCGGGGACCGGAGUCUAG